AAUCAUCGACAAACAACAGCCAGCCCCGCCGCGCGGCGCGCACUCAUUUCUUCAUUAACAUGGGAAGAAGGGUGAGCUUGCCGCCGCCUGUUUGCGAUACAAACCUCCCGCACCUUCGUGAAGCCUCUUUCUCUUCCUACUUGAACCAUGCAGAGAAAGAAUUUGUGCGUAAGCUUGCUGAAUCAACUCGAGAUCGCUCUAAUUCUGUUACUACUCAGGAAGAACAGGAUGGAGAUAUUGAAGUUUUUGGGGCUGAGAAAUAUUUCAAUGCGGGUGCAUUUGAUACUCAAAAGCCCCUCAAAUUCCCUCCCAAGAAGCCUCACAAAAGGAUUCUUCACUCCAAGAAGCCAAGAACUAGUACUUCUAGUACUACUACUACUCGAUCUGGAAGUCCAAGUGUUCGUUCUCAAUCCAGUUGGAAUAGCCAAAAGGCACUGUUGCAGAGUAGUACUGUAAACGCUGAUUCCAUGUCGUCUAAGGCGACAAAGAAGAGCAAAUCCUCACAAUUGGCGAAGGGGUUUCUCUAUAGAUGCUAUUGCUGCGACAAGAACUUAACCAAAUCCAAACCAAACCCCAAACGGAGACAAACAACCAAUGCAGGUUCAAAUUUCACGUUUGAAAGCUCUGUUCCAGUUGAUCUGACGCCUAAAAACUCUGCCUCGGCCCUGAAAAUGCAAAUUCAAGUUGAAGAACAACAAGGGCAAAAGCCAAUUGAGGUGUUUGAAUCUUCUCUACCCAGUGUGGACUCUCUGAAUGUAAACCACUUGGAGAAGAGGCUUUCGAUGAUGACAUGGAACGACAUCGUUCCAAAAGUGAAGGAUUCUUCAAAUUCUAAUUCAAAUAAAUGCAGCCUAAUCUACAACGAUGAUGCGGGAAGUGAUGCAAGUUCGGAUCUUUUCGAGAUUGAGACGUUAACGGGGAACCCCAAUUCGUUUCUCACAACACAACCCUCUGAUUGCACGGAUUGUGUAACACCCACCACUUGUUAUGCACCAAGUGAGGCCAGCAUCGAGUGGAGUGUCAUCACCGCCAGCGCCACCGAUUUCUCCGACGAACACCGCCUCUCCACCACCAGUCACGACGUGAAAGCGAGUCUGAGGCGGCGUUCGAAUCAUCUGAUGGGUUGCAAGAAUGAGAAGGCGGUGAGAGUGGCCGGAGAUAAGUACGGUUCUCCGGAGGAAAUCCAACGAAGAUGGGAAUCCUUUGGACGACUUACGAGGUUCGAAGCUCAGAGGCUUGCUGCAAAUUCUGUUCCUCGUCAGUAUUCACCCAAAAUCUCCAAUAUUUUGUAUGUUUAAUUAUUAUUUUUUUUUCCAAAAACAAUUAAGCUUUCGAUUAAUGUCAGAAGCAGGACAUUAUCUAGUUU